AUGCCCAACAGUUCAUCCUCGAAAAAGCACGGUCAAGAUCAGCCUGAAUCUAGCGGUCCAAUCCCUAUAUCUCUCAGAACCAAAAUGGGCAAAUCCGAAGACAACGAUAAGAAGAGUUCAAGUAAGAAAGUCAAAGAUGUUGAAAUAAGUGUUCCAAUAGUGUAUGGGAACAUAGCAUUUUGGCUUGGCAAAAAAGCUAGUGAGUAUCAAUCACAUAAAUGGACUAUAUAUGUUCGUGGAGCAACCAACGAGGACUUGGGGGUUAUUGUAAAGCGGGCUGUUUUUCAGUUGCAUACUAGUUUCAAUAAUCCCACAAGGGUUGUGGAUGCACCUCCUUUUGAGUUGUCGGAGGCAGGAUGGGGAGAAUUUGAAAUUGCAAUCACACUUUAUUUCCACAGUGAUGUUUGCGACAAGCCUUUGAACUUAUAUCAUCACUUGAAGUUGUAUCCAGAGGAUGAAAACAGUUCCAUGUCCACAAAGAAGCCUGUUGUUGUGGAAUCUUAUGACGAGGUUGUUUUCCCCGAUCCCUCUGAAGCUUUCUUAGCUCGUCUGCAGAAUCACCCAGCUGUGAACUUGCCAAGAUUACCUCCUGGGCUUACCUUACCUCCUCCUAUUCCAGUUGAAGAUGCAAGUAAAAGGAGGAAAGGCGAUACCAAAGAUAAUCCCUUAAGCCAAUGGUUCCUGAAUUUCUCAGAAGCAGAUGAACUCUUAAAGCUUGCAGCAGCUCGUCAGCAGGUUCAAACUCAUAUUUCAAAACUCAAACGACAGAUAACUUCGAUAGAUGGACAACAUAAGCAGCAGCCGCUUAAAUCUUCUUCUGACCAAUAG